GCAUUUUAGAAUCUUCUUCCCUUUUUUUCUUUUUUACUCUUUAGACUGGUUCCUCUUCUGUUUUUGAAAGCAGAGGAGAAAGAAACAAAGAAAGAGAGUGAGUGUAUUUUUAAUUGUAUGAUCAUUGGGUUAUCCUUAUUUUUCCUAAUUCUUGUUAGUUUCAUUCUAAAGUUUGAUUCUUUAGAGGACCCAUAGUCCAAUUUUGAUCAUUAGGUUUGUAAUUUCACUUCAUUUCUUUUACAUUUAUGGUUUUAAAUUGGAAGUUUAUUUAUUGGGUAUUAAAGAUCAUUUUAGAAAAACCCAUGUUCAUUUGUGUAAGAUAGUGAAAUCUAGCCAUCAUUUGAGUAUAGGAGAUUUGAAGAUAAAUUUUGUUCAAAUGGAGCAAAAAGAUGUUGUGGAAAAUGGAAAAGGAUCACCGUGUUCGCGUGUGAUUGCAGUAGCCUUGAAUGGGGGUGCCAAAAGCAAAUAUAUAGUAAGAUGGGCAAUGGAAAAAUUUAUACCUGAAGGGAAGGUUUCAUUCAAGUUGAUACAUGUAUUUCCUAAGAUAACUGGGGUUCCUACACCAAUGGGGAAUUUGAUUCCUGUUCCACAAGUAAGAGAUGAUGUAGCAGCAGCAUAUAAGAAGGAAAUAGAGUGGCAAAGAACUGAGAUGAUUGUUCCAUUCCAAAAGACGCUUAUACAGAAAAAGGUUCAAGCUGAACUUGUAUUAAUUGAAGCAGAUGAUGUAGCAAAUGCGAUAUCAACAAAAAUUGCUCAGUAUGGAAUAAAGGAACUUGUAAUUGGAGCAUCUUCAAAUAGCUUGUUUGCUAGGAGAGUCAGAGGACAAUUAUUAUCUACUGUGAUCUCAGAUUGCACUCCAAAAUUUUGUACAGUGUAUGUCGUUUCAAAAGGAAAGCUAGAGGCUUUGCGCCCAUCAAAUGGCGAAGCUAACGAUCACAUCGUAGAAUAUGAUAGCACUGCAACCAAUUCUACCAACAGCUCAUCAAGAUACACAAACAGCACACUUGACCCUGGAUCAGCCUAUUCAGAGUCUCCUUCCUCUCCUGGGCUAGUCAAGGACCCUGAUUCUCUUUCCUGUGUGCAAUAUGGAUAUAAUGAUUCAGGGAUGGAUACGGCUGAACUUGCUAGUUUUCAAUCUAUUAAUCCAAUUAAUGUGGAUGAUAGUACGCAACAUACCGUUGGAACGCUCAUAAGUGACAAAUGUAGUUUCAAGACCACUGCUGGUGAUACCGAGUGGAUCACAGAUCAAUCAUCCACUGAUGUUGCUCGUUCUGACUCUGGUCAAGCUUCCACCUCAAAAUCAGAACUAGCUUCUACUGAUGCAGAGGGAAACAUCAACGUAGAGCUUGAGAAAUUGAGAAUCGAACUACGCCACAUACGAGGCAUGUAUGCCAUAGCUCAAAAUGAAACAAUGGAUGCUACUAGAAGGCUAGGUGAUCUUAGCAAGCUGAGAAAUGAGGAAGCAUUAAAGCUGAAGCAGAUAAGCGAAAAGGAACAGAAAGCCAAAGAAUUGGCAAAACUAGAAAAGGAGAAUUUUGAAUCUGCAAAAAGGGAAGCUGAUUACGCUCGAGAGUGUGCUCACAGAGAGGUAAUGCAGAGAAGAGAGGCAGAGCAGAAAGCUGCUCGGGAUGCCAAGGAACGAGAGAAGCUUAAGAAUGUGCUUGGCGAAACUGUGUAUCAUUACCAGAAGUUUACGUGGGAGGAUAUUGUAUCUGCUACGUGCUCUUUGAGUGAGGAACUUAAGAUCGGAGAAGGAUCAUAUGGAGCUGUGUAUAAAUGCAAGUUGCAUUAUUCGACUGUGGCCAUAAAAGUCCUCCACUCGAAGGAGGGUGCUAACAACAAACAAUUCCAUCAGGAGUUGGAGAUUUUGAGUAGGAUUCGUCAUCCACAUGUGCUUUUGCUUCUUGGAGCAUGUCCUGAACAGGGUUGCCUAGUGUAUGAGUACAUGGAAAAUGGAAGUUUGGAAGAUCGGUUGAUGCGAAAGAAUAACACACCUCCUAUACCGUGGUAUGAGAGGUUUAGAAUAGCAUGGGAGGUUGCGUCUGCCAUAGCUUUUCUUCACAACACUAAGCCAAAACCGAUCAUUCAUCGUGACCUAAAACCAGCUAACAUCUUGCUUGAUCAUAAUCUGGUAAGCAAGAUUGGUGAUGCUGGUCUUUGUACAAUGCUUAACUUGGAGCCAUCCUCUAUUUCCAAUUUGACCUUAUAUAAAGAUACAAGCCCUGUUGGUACACUUUGUUACAUAGAUCCCGAGUACCAAAGGACCGGACUUAUAUCUAUGAAAGCAGAUGUUUAUGCUUUGGGAAUGGUCAUUUUGCAGUUGUUGACAGCAAAACCUGCUGUAGGUAUAACUAAUGUGGUUGAGGAUGCCAUAAAAGGCGGUCGCUUAACGCAAAUAUUGGAUAAAUAUGCCGGAAGAUGGCCUCUGAGAGAGACAGCUGAGAUGGCUUUACUAGGUCUGCAGUGUGCUGAACUUAGACGAAAAGACAGACCUGAUCUUCAAAUUGUUCUUUCUACACUUGAAAGAAUGAAAGAUAUUGCAAACAAGGCUCGAGAUUAUGUUGCCCGGAUUCAAGUUGCACCACCGAACCAUUUCAUCUGUCCUAUACUUAAUGAUGUUAUGGACGACCCUUGUGUAGCCUCAGACGGAUAUACAUAUGAUCGUAAAGCUAUAGAGAUGUGGCUCAAAGACAACGAUACAUCACCAACAACAAAUUUUCCAUUGCAAAACAAAUACCUGAUACCCAAUCACACACUCUCUUAUGCAAUCUCAGAAUGGAAAUCUAAACGAAGAGUACGAAAUGGUAACUAUUCGUAACAAUCCAAUUCAAAACUUUGUUCUUCUACAAUUUUGUAGAUGUUAUUAUACCUGUCAAAUUAUGUAACAUUCAUUCUGAUUUGAUCAUGUGUAUGCUUGUUUGCUUUACAAAAAUCAGCAACAUAAAUGAUCAUUAUUGUAUAGUAGUUGAUAGCGCCUACACGAGAAUCAUGGGUUGACCUAAUGGUUCAAGAUUUUUCCUUUUUUUCCUUCCGGUUUACUCCUAAAUACUAUAAGGUAGUAGGCUUUUCUUAACCAUUUUCUUUGUGGCAAUUGGGAGGUUUUCUUUGUCCCUUCCAUGUGAAUGCACAAAGCUUGUAUGUACACUUGAAUUUUUUUUAUAUGAUAAAAAAAUUAUUGAAUGGCUACAUCAUAUUGAAAAUUCAGCAAAUACUAUUAAGUGGUAUGUCAAAAGGCAAAAACAGUUUGGGGUGAGAGAGGCUCGAACUCUCGACCUCAGGAUUACCCACUAAGCUAUGAGACCUACGCGCUAGCCAACUGCGCCACCACCCCUUGCUGAUGUCCUAUGCCACUAUAACA